CGCUCGGCGGCUCCGCAGAGGCGAGUGGUGCGGCGCUCCUCAGCGCCUUCGUUACGUGGGGCUUCUCUCCUAAUUGCUGUAUUUAAAACCUGCUGCAUCACUGUGCUUCCAGACGCUAUGGAGGAGGGAAGAGAAAUGGCAUUGCCUCGCUCCGGGCGUGUGGUGAAGAAACCGAGUGCUUACAUGGAUGUUUCAGACUUUCCUCUUCUGGCUGAUGAAAAGUUUGAUUUUGACCUUUCACUUUCUCCAGCAAGUGGAAGUGAAGAUGAAGUCUUUAUUGGAUCUCUGGGACACAAAGAAAAAUGUAUUGCUGUCAAUAUUGAAGCAAAAAGUGCUGAAAGAAAGAUGCCUGCUUCUGAUGACAAACUCACGUGGAGCACACUUAUAGGAGAUAAAUUUGUGGAGAUCUUCAAAGAAGCUCAUUUGCUAGCACUGCAGUUAGAAAGUGGAAAGAGUGAAGAGAAUAAAAUAAGCCAGUCAGAAGAAAAUGGAAAUGAGACUUCUGAACAAUUUGUGGAGGAUUUGAAGUCAAAAAUGAAAAUACUGAAAAGCCAUCAUAUAGAGCAAAGUCCCCGGGCUGUUAAGAGGGAGACAUACUGUGUGGGAGAUAGCCCUGCCUGUAUGCUGCUGCCUUCUUUUCAGAAGGAAUCAGAUAAACUUCUGUCAGGUGACAAGACUCACAUUCUUCAUAUUCCUUCAGACAAAAGCCCUGUUAAAAUUCAGGCAGCUCCUACAGAAAUCAUCAGUUCGCCUCUGACACAGGAACAGAAAACUAAGGAAAAAACCAAGAAAGCAACAGGCAAACUGCUAAUGCCAAAGCUUUCAUCUACUCUUGGGAAAAGCAGUAUGCUGACUGUAGAAAAGGCCAAACCAGGGAAACAGACUAAUAUUUCUACAAAAAGAGAUUUGACCAGCGUGGGAUCAUCUGAAGAUCUAAUUUCAGAUAAAUCAAGUGCUGCUUCAGAUGUUUUUGAGUCUUCAUUAAGUGGCAGUUCCUCAGUGCAGGACAAAAAAGUCCUUCCUGCUCCAAAUAAGCCUGGUUUAAAAAAAACAAAUCUGAAGCUUCCUGGUGUUACCAGUGGUCUCGCAAGGAAAAGUACUUCAUCAGUUUCCAGUGUGAGCUCAAAUCUGAACUCAAGUUUACCCAUUUCUCCCAUAGGAAAAAAUGGGAAAUCAAAUGCAACUUCAAAAGCUGGUGUGAGUGGCUCUAAACCUUCAUCUAGUACAAACAGACAAUCUCUGGCCAGACAAACCAGAGUUUCAUCUCUGCAGGCUGUCAAUACUGAAAGAUCCAGCAAGCAAGCAAGAUCAGCUAGUACUCCCAAAAUAUCUAGUGCUGCAAGCUUGGCUAAAUCUUCAGCUUCUGCACUAACAGUGCCAUCUCAACCUGAAGGCAGUGGAAUUCAGAGGCUGAAGUCUUUCCCCAGUCUGCAGAAGCUAUGUCAACAAAAUAAAGAUGGAAGUACAACUAAAGGAAGCCUGUGCCCAAAGCCCAGGGCUAGACAUCUGUCAGUUCCUGCAGGUCAAACUCAGGUUCCAGUGAAAGCUGGAGAUUUGACGCCAAAUGAGUCAGCAACAAAAGCAACACCAUCUCUUGGAUUAACAUUUUGUGGCAAAGUUGGAAGUGCCAUGGCAAUCAGCACACCCCUGAAAGCUUCUGAAGAUGGGAUAUUUCAGAUUCCUUGUGAGAGGCCUGUCUCCAUGACUCCUGGCAGCUUGAGACGGUCUGCCUUACCUACACCUGUCCGUCGUAUCUCAGGAUUUCCAGCAGCAACUCCUAAAACCACACCAAGAACAGUAUUUUCUCCACGUGUUGAGUCUGUUCACCAAAGUUCCAGCUUCUCUACCAGAAAGACACUCACAGCUGGUUCUAAACAGGUAAAAGAGACACGGUCAUCAUCUUCAGAAGAUGAUCCAUCUCCUCCCCCUGUGCUGCCUCUUAUGCUUGACUUCUCACCAGAAAAAGCUGUGACAGAAAUAGUAGAAGACAAAUUAAAAGAGGCUGAAGUACAAAAUCAGCUGGCUGAAGAGAGACAAACUAAAGAGGUAUUACUGAUAGACAUUGAAGCAGAUAACUCUCUCCCACAAACUUUGGAAUGUGGAAGCAGACCUCUGAUUGACCUUUCCAAUACUCCUGAAGUGAAUAAGGUUAUUCCUCUGAAGCCUAUGUUCUCAGAGCAGAUAAAGUUGAUUGAUUUGAGCUCUCCUCUUAUCACUCUGAGUCCUGAUAUAAACAAAGAAAAUUUGGAUUCCCCUCUGCUGAAGUUCUGAACUUGACUCAGAAGAUCACAGAUGCGAAGAACCCUGCAAGUGUUCACAUCCUGCUCUUCCCUUGCACAGCUGUAUGAAGAUGGAUUUAGAAUGCAUGAUAAAUUCUAUUGCUGCUGUGUUUCUCAUGGUCAAAAUUAUGGGGUUCUUUUCACAGGUAAAAUACAACAAUGUAUUCAAACCUUGUUGGUAUGAGCCAGAAAGGAAUAAUCUCUGUAUUGGAAGCCCUUUGGUUUUUUAGUUUCUAACUUGUGCUUUUCCUCCCUCUCCCUUAUGUGCAACGAAGAUAUAAUUUAAAGUAAAUGAGUUGUUUAAUAAAUAGUUAUACAAAAUAUGAACAGAUGAGCUUGUUUCACUUAGCAAAUGUGAACAUGCACAUAAGGCUGGUAAGUGCAGGUCAAGCUUUUUUAACACAAAUUAUUUGAAGUCAGGAAACUCUUAACUGUGAAUGCAGGUGGAGUACACUGCACACAGCAGUGGGAUGACUGCAUCUUUCAGAGAAGAAAGGCAGUGUGUUAUUGCUGCGUGGUUUGGCCUUGACACAUGGAGCUCUAAUUUGAACUUCCUUUCAGAGCAGAAAGAUGCUUUCCUAUCUGAGUUUCCUGGGACAUGAACACUUUAAAUAAAGGGGUGUAAAAUGAAAGUAAAAUGCACACAAUAUUAUAACAAGAAGCACGUCGUAGGGACUUGAUGUGUGCCCGCUUAACGUAUUGACUUAAUAAAGUUUAUGAAGAGAAA